ACCCCUUCACCCUCUCUUCCCAUUUGUUUCGCCACCAUGAGAGCUCCAUUCAAGCACACCAAGAAGAAACCCGAUCUCUUUGAAUGUCUUCCCGAUGAUCUUCUGGUUUUCAUUCUCUCUAAACUUAGCUCCACCGCUUCUUCUCCUUCGGAAUUCAUAAACAUCGUCUUAACAUGCAAGAGAUUAAACCGGUUAGGCCUGCACCGUCUUGUGUUAUCCAAAGCCGGGCCUAAAGUGUUCGCCGUAAAGCCCACAAAUUGGUCGGAAAAGACUCACACUUUUCUUAAACACUGCGUUAACGCCGGCAACGUCGACGCCUGUUACACUCUCGGAAUGAUCCGAUUUUACUGUCUGGAAAACCGAGGGAGCGGACUCUCGUUGAUGGCGAAGGCGGCUAUGAAGCUGCACGCGCCGGCUCUAUACUCGCUAGCGGUUAUACAGUUCAAUGGCAGCGGCGGCUCCAAACACGACAAGGAUCUACGCGCGGGCGUGGCUUUGUCUGCGCGUGCGUCGCUGCUCGGGCACAUCGACGCGCUUCGGGAGUUGGGUCAUUGUCUCCAGGAUGGCUACGGCGUGCGGCAGAACGUGGCGGAGGGGAGGAGGAUGCUGGUGCAGGCCAACGUGCGGGAGCUGGCGUACUUGUUACGCGAGGUGACUCCUUCUGCUUCUGACUCUCUGAUGUUGACGUGGCGGACAGCAGUGACGUGUCAGAGAGAUGUGACAGCGCUGUUGAGUGACUACGGUUACAGAAUUCCGGUACCGGAAGUGCAACCGGUGAAUCGUUUUUUAAGAGAGUGGUUUGAAUCCGGCAAAGGAAAAUUAGAGGAAGGAUUGAGGUUAUGCUCCCACAUUGGAUGUGGCCGACCGGAAACUCGACCGCACGAAUAUCGACGGUGUUCUGUUUGUGGGAAAGUUAAUUAUUGCUCACGUGGAUGCCAAGCCAUGGAUUGGAAGUUAAAGCAUAAAAUGGAGUGUUCGCCCACUGAACACUAUGCGGAAGGAGGUGGUGGUGUAGACCUAAAUAACGAGUUUGCCAUACCAAACGAUGCCGUUUGAGGAUGAAUUUCAACCGACAAAUGAGAAAAAAAAAGGGGGCUAUUAGAUUUACGUACUGUGUACAUAUGGGGUAAUUUUUUUAUUUUGUAUUUAGACAUCAUCAAGUUAUAUAUAUUAUAUAUAUAAAUUGUGGGCA